AUGCCCUUCCCCUUCAAACAUAGCAAUCGUUCAAAGCAGGCAUUGAACGAACCUGCUAUAGAAAGACCGGCCGUCACUCCUUCAGCCUCGCAUUCAGAACAAUCCUUCUCGUCUGGUUCUGGCGAGGGAAGGUCCACAACAAUUCAACAACAAUCCUCCACCACCACCACCACUACCAUACCAUCUCAAACCUUUGAACAGCCCUACGAACCUCGGAAUUCUGAAGUUGGGUCUCGUGCAUCUGCAUAUUACAAUUCUGGAGGGUCACCUUCCCGGUCUGUUUCAGCUCAGUAUCAACAACAACAACAAACCUAUCCACAAGAGCUUGAAGCUUCCCCCGCUUUCCCAUCUCCAGCUGGUUCAUCCGUCGAUGAUUUAGUUCUUGAUACACAAAGGUUACAGAACCAAGGUCGCAGACAUACAACACAGAUACAAUCGCCCGUGGUAGAGCAUAAGAAAAGGAGUAUUUUUGAUCGCAUGCGAGGUACAAAUCCAAAUCGAUCUUCUGAACAAAAGUAUCCCCCGGUUACCACCCAAGGGACCUAUAGCAACAACACUAGUGGGCUCGCGCGUAGAUUAUCUAGACGACACGAGGGACCUCCCAUUAUACGAACUAGUCAACAAAGAGUUUCGGUAGAGCAACAUCAAAGAGUAGAUUGGCAACCUGCAGCACAAGUUUCGAGAUCAAAUCUGCCAUCGCCUCAAGAAACUCCCGAAGACGACGGAUUGGAUCCAUAUCUCAUCAAGAGUCCUGAGGAAGGCACGCCACAAAGUUCUCAGAGUUCUAUGAGUGUGCGCGGGCAGCGACAACCUCUAAACACAAUUCGAGCUGUACAAAGCAAUUCUGAUUCACCCCUCUAUUCGACAGAGUCACCGAACAACACUCCUGACCAACAAAUUCAGCAAUCACCUAAUCAACCUUAUUAUCAUCAAUCUCCUCAAAGUACUAGUCAAUACGAGUCACCCGAGAGUGUUCCCCAAUACCGUUACGAAUUACCAGAUCUGAUUCAUUCACAGCAACAAUUGAACAGUUUCCCAAGCUCCCCCAAUAGCCAAUACCCUCCGCAAGACUUCACUCCAGACAGUGCCUUAGCACAGCAACACGAAUCUUCUCUGCUGUAUAGAGAAGAGCAACGGCCCGGCUCGGUACAAUCUAAUAAUCAAUCUCCGAUAAGUAUACAGCAAUCUAACAGGGCAGAUUACCCAGAGCGAACAACUUCAAUACAAGGGCCGAUCCCAGGCUUAUCUACGAAUCGUCCUUUGUCGCAACAUCUUUCGAUGGCACCACAGUCCAACACAACACAACAAAAUCGUCGAUCCGCAGACUCGAAACAAUCACUACAAGCUCAAAUGGCACAGUCAGAUGGGAGGGAUCCUCCGGCAUACCGCCAACAGCAACAAGCCCCCAGUAACAAUAAUAGUCAGCCACCAGCAAACAGCCCGCUCCCCCCACAGGGGCAAGGUCCAAAUUACAGAGGAGGCCCUCCGCAGCGAGAACAAUACAAUCCUUCGGGUGGUGGAGAGCAAGGACGAAGCACACCACCGCCGGCACCUGGAGACAGAGAUGUAAAUGAGGCAUACAAAGAGCUACUGCAGAAAUAUAAAAAGGUCAAGGGGCUGUAUUUUGACAAGACCGCAUCAGUGGAGCAAUUACAAGGACAAGUCGAACAGUUACAAAACACCGUGGCAAACCAACGGUUAUCCCAAUCUCGUACAUCGCUUGAUGACGGCGAAUAUACAUCACGCUUCCAAAGGUUAGAUGGUGCUAUUACAAAUCUCGCUUUCAACAUUCGCAAAGAUUGGAGAACGGUGCCAGCAUGGCUUUCACAAUCUGUCAAUCGUGAUGCAAUGUCAAUAGGAAAACAAGAGAUGACAGCUGUUGGAAGAGCUUGUAUCACAAGAUUUCUUGUUGAUGAAAUCUUUAAUCGCACCUUUCACCCAGGCCUGGAGAGUGAGCUCAGCUUGAGCCUGAAGACUAUCGAACAAAAUAUUCGCCGAUUCUCUCCUGCUAUCAAUAAUCAAGAAGAAUCUGACGCUUUAACGGCCAAGGUCGUCCAAUGGAGAUUGGCAACUUUAGAUGGGUUGAAGGACAUGUUGAAUUCCGCCGAAAGCGAACAAUUCAAGAAAGACUUCUCGAAAAUGGUCACCACCAACCUGACGGCCAACUUAAUCAACUAUCUUCAAGAACCCAUACCUGGUGGUAUCGAAGAAGCUGCAACGACCAUCGUGGAAUUGGCAGUGAGCAUUGCAGCGAAUAUCCCCUUGGAAAGCAGAGAUGUAGUGAUCAUGUACCCAAUGCCGAACGAUCUAGUCCAACGCCAAUACAUGAAAAUUGAAGCUGGCAUUCCUGCACUGGAGCACCCGGGCGCGGAAACCAACGGUUUCGAUUCGAGUAGUGUGGGAAGUAAUGAUAAGGAUGAGGGUUCGAAAGAAGAGCAAAAGAGUCAUGCAAAGUUAACGAAGGAGAAGAGUGGAAAGGGUCAGGGCAUGUUACAAGCUAUGAUGGGAGGUGGUGGUAGUGGUGGAACUUCUGGAAAGAAGAUGAGCAUUAGUAGCCAGGGUGGUCAAGAACCAAGUGAGAAAGUCAAGAGCGAAGAUGGAGCUCACAAGGUACGGUUCGCGGGUUUCAUGACCAUUGAUAUUAGGGGAAGACAGGUGUUAUUUUCAGCUCCGGUUUGGACAAUGGGAUAG